GUGUACAAAUAUAAGCAAGGCUUGAAAUUAUUAUAUUUUAGUCAAACUAAACAUUACAUAUGCAGUCUACAAAUUAUUUGUAAUUAUGUUCCGGGCCCCUGACCAUCCGCUCAACAUAAAAUCGGCCCGGGGCUGAAUCUAGUUGAUGAUCCGUGUGCUGUGUUGUCAAAACGGCCAUCUCAGCACAGUUCGUUUCAGCACCGAUGAAACGUCCAACUGUUUCAUCAUGGCUCCUCCUGCCAGUGCAAAUGCAUUCUUAAAGAAAACCGCACAAUCAUUAAUCGUAUGAUGAUCUAGCGUGCUAACAUUUUACUGUUAAUUUUCUAUCAUAUGGUAGAGCUAAAUAAAUCACAUUUUUCGUCAGGAUUUAUUAUGAAAUAUCGUUUUCGCUUUCCCACCUCCCCUCGCCUUUCCUCCCUCCCUUUCUCCCCCACACACUCAGACAUUCAUACAUAUACGCGACCCCUCCCCCCUUCCAUCAUUUUCUCAUCUCCCUUGCCCACUCUCUUCUCUAAAACAAACAUGGCCGCUAAAUCUGAUGGUGCACCCGUCUCGUUGCGAAAUGACAUCCCGCCCGAGUGCCUGUCCGGUUCAGCUCAACGCUCGCCUCAGUGCCAACCUGCUAGGAAGCGCUACUCGCUCCUCGACUGUAGCUGGACGAUAUGUGCACUUUUGGUGUUCUUUUCGGACGGGGCCUCAGACCUGUGGCUGGCCGCGGACUACUACCUCAGGCGGAACUACUGGUGGUUUGCAUUGACACUGGUCUUCGUGAUAGUUCCAUCUGUGGUGGUUCAGGUGUUGAGUUUUAGGUGGUUCGCCUAUGAUUAUUCGGAUACCAACGACAGUAGCACAGCCGCAGCUGCCGUGGUCGCAGCAUCCGGAGCGAAGAGCCAUUUCAGCACCAAGGACAGCGAGCAAGGGGGCGCUGGCCGCGAUGCUGCGGUCGGGGCAUUGCCUACGACCGGCACUAUGGGAGGCGCCCGGGGCUGCUGCAGAGCCUUUAUGUGGCUCUUUCAAUGCUUCAUCCAUAUAUUUCAGCUAGCACAGGUCUGGAGGUAUGUCCAUGCCUUGUACUUGGGGGUGCAGAGUCGCUGGCGUGGGGACCAUGAGCGCCGUCAUUUCUACUGGCGCAUGAUGUUUGAGAGCGCUGAUAUCAGCAUGCUGCGCCUGCUGGAGUCCUUCCUGAAGAGCGCCCCCCAGCUGGUCCUGCAGCUAAGCAUCAUGGUCCAGGCCAGUCAGGUCCUCCCGCUGCAGGGCCUCUCAGCCUCUGCCUCGCUGGUGUCCCUGUCCUGGAUGAUCGCCUCCUACCAGAAGGUUCUGAGGGACUCUCGGGACGACAAGCUGCCCAUGUCCUACAAGGCUGUCAUUGUGCAAAUCCUGUGGCACCUGUUUACCAUCGGAGCCCGUACGAUGGCCUUUGCCCUGUUCGCCUCCAUAUUCCAGCUCUACUUUGGUAUCUUCAUUGUGGCCCAUUGGUGCAUCAUGACAUUCUGGAUCAUUCAAGGCGAAACAGACUUCUGCAUGUCCAAAUGGGAGGAGAUCAUCUAUAACAUGGUGGUCGGCAUUGUGUAUGUUUUCUGUUGGUUUAGCGUGAGGGAGGGGCGCACACGCUGCCGUAUGCUCGUCUACAGUGUGGUUGUAUUUAUUGAGAACGUGGCACUCACCACAUUCUGGUAUCUGUACCGCGCCCCACAGACGUCAGACUUCAAUGCCCUGCUCACAGUGUGUAUGGUGGCCAGUAGCUACGCUCUGGGCACCUUCUUUAUGUUUGUAUACUACUGCCUGCUGCACCCUGACGGUCCUAUCUCAGGGUGGGGAUGGGGGGUGCCGGAGGAGAUAGCAGUGGAGUCCUGCCUUUCCCCAGCUUCCUCUCUCCCUCCAGAUGUAGUGGCCAGCCCCCCCAGGACCCUGCAGAGGACUAAAGGGGGAGACCGUGAGCAGAUGGGAGGGGCUAAUUCAGACGUGUUUCUGGUACGAACACUUAAAAGAGGAGUCAAGGCUACUCUCCCACCCCUUGCCCCUAGUACAGAGGGGCCAGUCAUCCGUAUUGACUUGCCCAGGAAGAAGUACCCUGCCUGGGAUGCCCACUUCAUCGACCGCCGGCUGCGCAAAACCAUCCUGGUGCUCGAAGGUGCUGCUCCGGUCACACCAAGGAUCCAGUACCGCUGUCUAGGCUCUCCCACAGAGGUGAUGGAGUAUGAGACCACGGUGUGAACCGCAGAGAGUGCUGUUACUCAACUGGCUUCCAGCCAGCCGGUAAGGCCCCACAGUGGCACACAGCUGACUAACUCCCUCUGAGGAUCAGUUCUUCUCCAGUUCUGCUCUGUCGCCCGUCGGUGUUGUGAAGCAUCUGACAUGGAGAGGUGGAGUGUGUCCAAAUGUUUUCACAUCAAAGGUCUGGGACAGAUACACAAUGUCUAAUGUGGCUUAAGUAGGUGACUAGGUGAGGUGUGUAUAUUGGUGUCAGUAUAAUUUCUCAGGUUAGGGGGAUGGUACAGGGAGGGGUAUGGGCCAGGGGUCAGAGGUUAGGGAUCAGUGAACAUGCAGAGGGACACAUAAAGAGGAGCUGGGCUUUGUGGCUAGCUGUCAAUCAGAGAGAAACCAUCCUCAAUGAACGUGCUUCAAAGUAAUGUCCUCUCAAGCCAAGACAAAUACCAUUAGAGACAAUACCUAAACCUUAUGAAUACCUAUGACAAUAUUUCUGUUAAUUUAUGAUGAUAAUAUACCAUAACAGUAAAUAAGUCACAUGGGUAUGCUUAAUACAUAUCCAUCUAUCUGAGCUACUGGAACAGGACAUUUUGACCUGAAGAUGACAAUGGAAUAUCUUACUGCUGUGUGUGAUUUGUCAUAGCUAUUUAUGCAUGUUUAAGUAAUCUCAAAGCCUUAAUAAGUUGUCUAAAAUCCAUAGGACGAUUUCUAAAGAGCAAGGGAACUUGAAAAAAUGGAUUGAGAUGAAUGUUCAGUACACUAUGUUUUCUACAGUUG